AUGUUCAUCGAGAGGAAAAUCUGCGGGCGUUUAGUUUCGGAAGAGUAUCGACAAUUUAUGGCGUUCAACGGAUGGACGAAUAAUCUCAUUCCAGCGGUGUACGAGCAAUUCACGCCCACUCAUCAAUUCACCAAAUUGAUUCAAGAUCACGAAAAUGUGGAUCCAGACGUCGCUUUCUCGUGUGUUCCUUAUGAAAAAGGCUCAGCUCUACUCGUUUAUCUUGAGCAAAAACUUGGAGGACCUGAAGUUUUCGAGCCAUAUCUUCGUGAUUAUUUGAAUCAUCUAUUCAAAUAUUUUCAUGACAAGAAAGACAUCCUGGAUACGGUGAAUUUCGAUGCCUGGUUUUUCGCUGUUGGAAUGCCGCCCGAAAAGCCGAGCUAUGAUGAGACGAUGGUUCAUGACUGUCAGCAGCUCUUCAAUCAAUGGAUUGAGGCCGAUGAGGAGAAGAUAAAAGAGAUCUCCGCUAAACAAUACAAAGAGAUGCAACCACUUCAGCAAAUCGAAUUCCUCAGUCAACUGUGGCAGCACGAUCCUCCACUCGAACACUACAAGUUGGAGGCGCUCGAUGCGUUGUAUGAAUUGAACAAGAGUCAAAAUUGCGAGAUCGUGCUCAAUUGGAUUCGCGUUUGCAUCAAAGCAAAAUGGGAAAAAUCAUCGAGAAAGCUUUGUGGUUCGUUGAAGUACAAGGACGACUCAAAUAUUGUAGACCGGUUUAUAGAGCUU